AGUUAGUAAAACGACCGUCAUUCAAGCUGUUUUAUAGGGAGCAGGGAGGCACUAACCGGCAGACGGCCAUAAAGUCACAAUUUUUUUUUAUUAUUUUUUGCGGCAGUAACUUUGAAUUUUAAAAUAUUUUGCCAUUUAGUUGGCAGAGAACUUGCUUUCGCGUAUGAUCGUCAACACAAAACUACGGGCGCUAGACAAUUUUGAAAGAAAAACGUUUAAAACGAGAAUAAAAAGACAGAGAGAAAUAAUCUCGGUCAAUAAUUUCGGUGCAAUUUCAAAUAUUUUAACAAAUAUACAAAAAAAGUGGAACAUUUUAAAUACGAAAUUUUUUCUUUUUUAAAAAAGAUAUUUUCCACUAGUGUAAAUAAAACAAAAAAACAUUUUGUAUUUGUUGAUUUUUUAUAUAUAAUUUAUAAAAUUUAUUGUAAAGGAUUUUAAAACAAAUGUCACGCAAAGCGCUAAAUGUCCGUGUUACCACUAUGGAUGCCGAAUUGGAGUUUGCUAUCCAGCAAACUACCACCGGCAAACAGCUUUUCGAUCAAGUUGUCAAGACAAUCGGUCUACGUGAAGUCUGGUUCUUUGGUUUACAAUAUACCGAUUCUAAAGGUGAUUCCACAUGGAUUAAAUUAUACAAAAAGGUUAUGAAUCAAGAUGUUAAAAAGGAAAAUCCUUUACAAUUCAGAUUCCGUGCUAAAUUCUAUCCCGAAGAUGUGGCCGAAGAAUUGAUCCAAGAUAUAACGCUACGUCUCUUCUACUUACAAGUUAAGAAUGCCAUAUUAUCAGAUGAAAUCUAUUGUCCUCCUGAAACUUCAGUCCUCUUGGCCUCCUAUGCUGUGCAGGCUCGUCACGGCGAUCACAAUAAAUCCCUACACACAGCCGGUUUCUUGGCCAAUGAUCGCCUAUUGCCUCAACGUGUCAUCGAUCAGCACAAAAUGUCCAAGGAGGAAUGGGAGCAAUCGAUAAUGACCUGGUGGCAGGAACACCGUGGUAUGUUGCGCGAAGAUGCCAUGAUGGAAUAUUUGAAAAUUGCUCAGGAUUUGGAAAUGUAUGGUGUGAACUAUUUUGAAAUCAAAAAUAAAAAGGGUACCGAUUUGUGGUUGGGUGUUGAUGCUUUGGGUUUGAAUAUCUACGAGCAAGAGGAUAAAUUGACACCGAAAAUUGGUUUCCCCUGGUCAGAAAUUCGUAAUAUUUCCUUUUCGGACAAGAAGUUCAUCAUUAAGCCCAUCGAUAAGAAAGCCCCCGAUUUUGUUUUCUUCGCUCCCCGCGUGAGGAUCAACAAACGUAUUUUGGCCUUGUGCAUGGGUAACCAUGAGUUGUAUAUGCGUCGUCGUAAGCCCGAUACCAUUGAUGUGCAACAAAUGAAGGCCCAAGCACGUGAGGAAAAGAAUGCUAAGCAACAGGAACGUGAAAAACUCCAAUUGGCUUUGGCUGCCCGUGAACGUGCCGAAAAGAAACAGCAAGAGUACGAAGAUCGUCUCAAGCAAAUGCAAGAGGAAAUGGAACGUUCACAAAAGGACUUAAUGGAAGCCCAAGAGAUGAUUCGUCGUCUCGAAGAGCAAUUGAAACAAUUGCAAGCCGCCAAGGAUGAAUUGGAAUUGCGCCAGAAGGAAUUGCAAGCCAUGUUGAAUCGUCUCGAAGAGGCCAAGAAUAUGGAAGCCGCCGAAAAGGCUAAACUCGAAGAGGAAAUCAUGGCCAAACAAAUGGAAGUGCAACGCAUUCAAGACGAGGUCAAUGCCAAGGAUGAAGAAACCAAACGUCUGCAAGAUGAAGUUGAAGAAGCCAGACGUAAACAGGCUGAAGCUGCUGCCGCUUUAUUGGCCGCCUCCACUACACCACAACAUCAUCAUGUGGCCGAAGAUGAAAACGAAAAUGAAGAAGAACUUACAAAUGGUGAUGCUGGCGGUGAUGUAUCACGUGAUUUGGAUACUGAUGAACAUAUCAAAGACCCCAUCGAAGAUAGACGUACAUUGGCCGAACGCAAUGAACGUUUACAUGAUCAAUUGAAGGCCUUAAAACAAGAUUUGGCUCAAUCCCGGGAUGAAACAAAAGAAACCCAAAAUGAUAAGAUUCAUCGUGAAAAUGUACGCCAAGGACGUGAUAAAUACAAGACAUUACGUGAAAUUCGUAAAGGCAAUACAAAACGUCGUGUCGAUCAAUUUGAAAACAUGUAAACUGUCAUUAUCAUCCACAACAAACAUAUUUAAGCUUGUUUAAUUUGAAAACAUUUUAAAGCAAUCGGUCAGCCAAUUUAUAUAAACAACAAUCCCCUAUAAAAACAAGUCUUAAAUUUAAACAUCAGUAACAAUAACAAGCAAAUUAAAAUCCAACACUACCAUGUUUAUUAUUAUUUUUUUAAAUAAUUUUUUCAGUUUUAAAUAAUAAAAAUUAAAAAAAAAAAAAGAAAGAAAACUAAGCGAAAUAUGAAUAAUUAUUGUAUUCAUAAUUUCUUUAUUCGUAAAAUUUAUGAAAAUUAUUAUUAUAAAAAUAAAACAAAAAACAACAAUUACCACAUCAAUUAAGACCAUUUAUUAUUUUUUAUUUAAAUAAAAAAAUAUUGAAAACAAACAAAAAAAGAAAAAUUAGAAAAGCUUCUUUAUAAGAAAACAAAUUUAAGUCUUCAAAACAAAAAACAAAAAAAAAAAUGUCGCAAAAGAAACGCUUAAAUUUAUAAAAAAUUUAUUAUAUAAUUUAAAAAAUUUUGUUCUUUUAACAUUUGCAUUUCAUUUUUUUAUUAAAAACUUUCUUUUAGUUAAAAAAAAACUUUAAUUUCCAUUAUCAAAAACCACUAAAUAAUAGUAAUUUUAAGAAAGUUUUUAAAUUACCAGCAAAAUAAAACCGUUAAACUUAAUUUAAUAUAAAUUUAUAUAUUCACGUCUUUUUCUGUCCCCCCGCCCCUGCCUAAAUAACAUAAACAAAGAAAUUCCUAAAUAAAAGUAUAUAACUUAAACUCUGGACCAUAAUUGAAUUUAAAAGAAAAAUCCGUCUUCUGUAAUGAAACAAAUAAAACAAACAAAUAACAACAACAA